UACAAAUCUAUUACAUUUAUUGAGCAAAAAGGUGGUGCUUUGAAUGUGAGAGGAGUUAGAAGGAGCUAUGGGUUCUUCCCAAUCUACAUCGAACGAGACAGACACUACUCAAGUAGUGCUAGAGAGUGAUGAUGACGGGGAGGUCAGGAUUUCAAAGAGGCGGUUAUCAAAAGAGGAGCUAAAUAGUUUAUCAGAGGAGCUCGAAAAUCUUACAGAUAAAAAUGUGACGGUUGACAUGGAGCUGUAUAAAUCAAUAGGAGCUGAUUUGGGUUUAGACUUUGAAGACGAUGAGGAGGAGGACGAUGAAGAAGAAUACUAUGAGGACAUCGAGCCUUAUGAGCUGGUAGAGCCCAUUGUGACCCCAGGUAACUUUCCCGUGAUGUCUGGAAUGGUGGGGAAUCAAAUUGGAUCCGUAAAUGCUUUGGAGCUCCCCCCGCUAUAUUUAUACCCUGGACUACAACCAACUGAUAAUCAACCUAACAUUGUGACGGAUCCUACGGUUGAACAGAUACAGAUUGAACCAGCGAUUGCUGAAUCUGAUCAAGCUCUUGAAUUAGAUGUUAAUGAUAGAGAAAGUGAGACAGUCUGUACAACAGAGAACGUGCUAGUUCCCACUACAGAUCUAAGUGAUACUGAUAGUGAGAUAGAGCUAUCAGAUAGCGAGGAUAAUAGUAGCGACAGUGGUGAUGAAAUGUGCAGGGAGGGAUGUGUAGAGGGUAGUGAGGUUCCACUCCUGGAGCCGCUAAAGGAUAUCAUCGAAUUGGAGCCGUUAAAUGAUGCCCCCCAAUUGGAGUCUGUCGUUUUAUCCGACAAUGAUGAAGAAAUAGAAGAUGUUAUGACGUCAAACUUUGAUAGUUCUAUUCAAGACACUGAACCUAGCUCACCUGGUAAAAUAUUUGCAGACUCUCUACCUGUAGAGGAAUGUAUAGUAGAAGAAGAGCUCAUUCCACACACAGAGACAGAUAAGGAAUGUACCGAAGAAGAAGAGCUCAUUCCACACACAGAGACAGAUAAGGAAUGUACCGAAGAAGAAGAGCUCAAUCUACACACAGAGACAGAUAAGGAAUGUAUAGUAGAAGAAGAGCUUAAUCCACACACAGAGACAAAUAAGGAAUGUACCAAAGAAGAAGAGCUCAUUCCACACACAGAGACAGAUAAGGAAUGUACCGAAGAAGAAGAGCUUAUUCCAACCACAGACACAGAUAAGGAAUGUACCGAAGAAGAAGAUACCACAGCUCCUUACAUUGGAAUUACCGCACCACAAGAACAGGCUGUGCCUGAGAAAUCUGACCAAGAAAUAUCGGCUAUUGUAGCUGAUGAAAUCCAGCGAGAGGGAUUGGUAUCUUAUGAUGCGCCAAAGGAGGAGGUAUUAAUGAUUGGUAACGACCCAGCUGAAGUACCUGCUUUUACGGAUAAUUUGAAAGAAGAAAGUAUUGAAGAAAUGUGCGGAGAAGAACAAGCUGGUAAAGACGAACCCGUUCAAGAGGACAAAUCAGCUUCAUCUAAUCUGAAUGACAACGUUAUACAAGAAGAAGAAGAAGAAUUAUCUGAGCCUACAACUACUCCCAAAGAAGAAGUUAAAUCACUUGAUUGUAUGGAAACAGCGGAAGAAAUGCGACCACUGGAUGGUGAUCAAGUAGAAGCACCAAUCUUUAUACUCCCUGUCACUGAUGAACUAGAAUUAAUAUCGGAGACAUUGGCAGCUGAAACGAAAGCUAUUCUGGAACCUGCCAUUUCAGAUCCUUCAGCAGAGGAGCAGUGUAAUGUAGAACCUGGGGCUCAUGUAUCUACAAUAGAGGAACCAGUUGUGGAACUACUCAUCUUGGAGACUAACGCAAUAGUUGAAUCGUUACCCAUCGAACAGGAAAUUGUAGAAGAUUCAAAGGCUCCUGCAACUGAAUUAGAAGCAGUUUUAGAGGCUCCUGCAACUGAAUUAGAAGCAGACCCAGCUCAAGAUCAUAUUAUCGAGCAAUCACCUGACACACCAGUAGUGGAACAUGUUGAAAUACUCAACCAAGAAGAUGUGGAGCUUGAACCUGUGUUAUCUGAGUCUGUUGAAGCAGUUGAAUCAGUGACCGAACCUGUUGAAAUACCUUCAGAGGUAGAUGAAACUAUACCAGAGCAUGUCGGAACGGCACUAGAGUCUAUCGAAACGGUGCCAGAGUCUGUCGAAACUGUACCAGAGCCUGUCGAAACGGCACUAGAGUCCAUUGAAACGGUGCCAGAGUCUGUCGAAACUGUACCAGAGCCUGUUGAAUCGGUCCUAGAGUCUAUUGAAACAGUGUCAGAGCCUGUCGAAACGGCACUAGAGUCCAUUGAAACGGUUCCAGAGUCUGUCGAAACUGUACCAGAGCCUGUUGAACCGGCACUAGAGUCCAUUGAAACGGUGCCAGAGUCUGUCGAAACUGUACCAGAGCCUGUCGAACCGGCACUAGAGUCCAUUGAAACGGUGCCAGAGUCUGUCGAAACUGUACCAGAGCCUGUUGAACCGGCACUAGAGUCCAUUGAAACGGUGCCAGAGUCUGUCGAAACUGUACCAGAGCCUGUUGAAUCGGACCUAGAGUCUAUUGAAACAGUGUCAGAGCCUGUCGAAACUGUACCAGAGCCUGUUGAACCGGUCUUGGAGUCUAUUGAAACGGUGUCAGAGCCUGUUGAAACGGUACUAGAGCCUGUUGAAACGGUAAUAGAGCCUGUUGAAACGGUACUAGAGCCUGUUGAACCGGUCCUAGAGUCUAUUGAAACGAUGCCAGAGUCUGUUGAAACGGUACCAGAGCCUGUUGAACCGGUCCUAGAGUCAAUUGAAACGGUGUCAGAGCCUGUCGAAACAUUACCAGAGCCUGUUGAACCGGUCAUAGAGUCUAUUGAACCGGUCCUAGAGUCUAUUGAAACGGCAUCAGAGCCAGUUCAUUUAUUGCCAGAACCUGUUGAAAUACCAGAGUCUGUUGUAAUGACACCAGAAGCUAUUGUUCAAUCAGAGAUUGUUAAGACCUCAUCUGAUUCUUCAGAGUCUCAUAGCUUAUUCGGUUUAAUACAGAAAGCCAUCGAACCAUACUUCAUCUCGGCUAGAAAUGAAAUAGCCAAUUCGGAACCAGAGACUGAUAAAAUCGCUAAACCAGUAGAGCCUGAAUCUACUGAGAGUGAGCCAGUCGUUGAACCAGUCGUUGAACCAGUCGUUGAGCCAGUCGUUGAGCCAGUCGUUGAGCCAGUCGUUGAGCCAGUCGUUGAGCCAGUCGUUGAGCCAGUCGUUGAGCCAGUGGUAGAAGUAGAGGUUGGACCAGCUGUAGAGUUAACUCAAAUUAAGCCGGUUAUCGAGCCUGUGGUUGCGGUAUCAAUCCCUGAUGAAAUAAAUGAGCUUCCACCGUCAGACAAUCUCGCUCAGUCAUUAUUUGGAGAGUACAAAAAACAAGAGGUACAGAAGAUUAUAACAGAAGCCAAGGUAGAAGGAGCAAGGGACCAAGCUAGAAUAGACGCUGGUGUGAUGUCUAAUGCUUUGAAUACAGAGCGGUCACGGUGGCGGAAUAGAUUUAGUGUUAUUGAAAGCAAUUUGCAAAAACGAAAACAGGACAUAAGUUGUGCUCACGAAGAAGGAUUCGGCCUUGUCACUUCAAAGCUCCAGAUUCCAGAGAAGAAGGAGAUGUGCAGCAGUAACGUAUCAGAUCUAGCGGAAUGUUACAGAGCUAACCCCGACCAAGUGUUACGGUGUAACCAGAUUGCUCAGUCCUUCGACUCCUGUGUAAAUAACGCAUUGUCGACGAGAUGAGUGUAUAAUGUUAUCGUCAAGUCAAAUCACUAUCAGUGACAUUAUUAAGUGGUAUGGAUGAGAAAGACUGGUUUCCUUUAUUUUACGGUGGAUUUGUUGUCGGACCGGGGAUGUCUAAUAACUGAUGGGGUUGCCCCCCCCCCCCCCCCCCCCCCCUUACUGAUGGGGGGAGGGGGUCCCACUUAACUGAUGUCAUGAGAUUGUAAUUUUGUACUAUUUUAAGUUUAUUCACAAAGUGAAUUUUGUAAUUCUAAUAUUGUUGUCAUAAGACUAUCUAUAAUAUCUUCUAUUCAGUCUGUUAAUUUAUUAUAAGGAUAACAUUUGAUUCGGAAUGUUAAAUAGCAAGCAACGUCACAUAAAUUAAGAAAACAAGUUUUUGUCACUCGACAGGUUCUUAUACAAGGUUCACAUAUCACGUAGUCACCCCCCCCCCCCCCCCCCCCCCCCCCCCCCCCCCGUAUUAUUUAUCAUAGUCAAUAGUGAUGUAGUACUUAUGUAGUGAUGCAACCUGAAGCAUAUUAAACCUCCAUUGGUAGCUUGUGUUAGUCCUUCAGCCACUGAAACACUGUGCCGAGUAUAGUAUUUAUUUGAGAGAUUUUGUAAUACAAUUCUGAUCCACCCACUAUUUUGUUGUAUGAUUUUCGA